GAAGGGACGGAGUGCUCGGGCCUGUUCUUGUGCAUCUAACUCUCCACAUUAUCUGAGCUUCUCCGAUUCUCACUUCUCCGCGAUUCGCUCCUUCUAGAAGCCACUGAACCUGUCCUCUUUCGGAAUUUCCCGUUCAUUUCUUCAGCUUUUUCUUCCCCGGGAGCCACUGUGUGUGGAGCACCCAUAAACAUUUAUGAUCAGGACAGAGCAAGCUCUCUGCAUGUGCUGGGAGAAUUUUCUCCGUCACUGUCCUUCUCUUCUUUCAAACUUUCCGGUAAUUUGCGUGGGUAUGGUCGUGAUUCCACUGGUGGUUUCUUUCUGUAUGAAGGUUUAAGGGUAAAGCGUCCGCUUGUUUAUGUCCAAGUUUCUUAAGUAUCCAACAAAGACGAGUGGGGUUGAGUUUUCUUGAAGGCUUAGCCAAAUAGCGAAAGAGAGAGAAACUAGUCAAUGUAAAGACUAUAAUUGCGGGAAAAUUAGCGGGAAAAUUAGUGUCUCCGGCCGAAGUUUUAGUGGUGAAUUUACAAUAUUGCCGGCAAAGUUAUCUUUCUGGGGAAACAGAGAGACAAGGAAGGAGAUAUAGAGAUAAAUUGACAGCAAGAUUGAGUUUUCCGGGAAAUUCGGCUUCCAAACGUCAAAAAAUAGGAUUCUUUACGAAAGUCGUUUGCAUUUCAAAUAUUUUCCUCCUCCUUCCAAACAGAUCAUUCCGUUCCGACUCCAACAAUUGCUCGUUCUCUCCCUCUCUCCUUCCCCCCCCCCCCCCGGGGCAGUUUCAGUUUUUCACCUUUGGGCUGUCUCUGUUUUCAGGGUUGGGAGUGAAGCUGAGACACCCCCUUCCCUUUCACCUUCUUCUUAUCGCCCUCUUUUUGUCUUCCUCCUUUCCGUCAAAGCCAUGAUUUUCGAUAAAGGGCCAAUGCAAUCAAACCUUGACUGCUUCCUCAGACGUACGACACCGGUGGUUCAAUCCCAAUUUCUACCAAAGUCUGAGAUUAGGAACCUUAAUCGUUUAUGGCAUCCGUGGGAGAGGGAAACCGUAGAGUAUUUCACCUUGCGUGAUCUCUGGAAUCGCUACGACGAAUGGAGUGCGUACGGAGCUGGAGUUCCAAUCACUUUGAACAAUGGGGAGACCCUUGUACAAUACUAUGUGCCUUACCUCUCCGCAAUUCAGAUUUUCACGAGCAGUACUUACAGGGAAGAGACUGAGUCCGGCGACAGUGAGGCAAGGGAUUCGUGUAGUGAUUCUUUCAGCGAGGAGAGCGAGAGUGAUAAGUUAUGGAGGUGGGAUGGGAGUUCUUCUGAGGAAGGAGGGUUGGAGCAAGACUGUCUCUGGCAUCUGAAUGACAGAUUGGGUAAUCUCUAUUUCCAAUAUUUUGAGAGAUCAACUCCAUAUGGAAGAGUCCCUUUGAUGGAUAAGGUAACUGGGUUAGCUCAAAGAUUCCCCGGGUUGAUGUCAUUAAGAAGCGUGGAUCUUUCACCGGCUAGCUGGAUGGCCGUUGCUUGGUACCCCAUAUAUCAUAUUCCCAUGGGAAGAACAAUCAAAGAUCUGUCGACCUGCUUCCUCACAUACCACACACUAUCAUCGUCAUUCCAAGAUAUGGACAUUGAAGAUGAGAGCGAGGGAGGGCACGCGAAGAGAAAAGAAGGGGAAGGGAUGUCGCUGCCAGCAUUUGGAUUGGCCACGUACAAGAUGCAAGGCAAUGUGUGGGUGUCGGGUAAUUAUGGUAGGGACCAAGAGAGAAUUUUGUCACUACUCAGCGUGGCAGAUUCAUGGUUGAAGCAACUGAGGGUCUCUCAUCAUGACUUCAAUUACUUUAAUGGCAUUCGCCAUCCCUGAAUUCCUCCUUUUCAUUCUUUCUCCCUAACUGCAUGAGGACCAGCUGGUUUCUCUAUCACAUUGCUUUGGAAUUUUUAGGCUUUUCUUCUCUCUUUUCUUUUUCCUUUUGUGUGUGAAAGAGUGUUGAGGGAUCUGAUACAUGUUACAUUUAGGAGCAGCUGAGAGGGAUGUGUUUAUCUUUAUCUUUAUCUUUUUUAAACAGCCUCUGAUGGAGGAGAGGCUCUGUAUGUAGAAAAGAAGAGAGAUAGGCGGAGUGAGUGAGGAGGGCGAGACCAUAGAACUUGGAAUACGGAUUCAAUCAGACCUGUGGAGUGGAAGGAACCCCCUUGUUCAUUUUCUUA